CCGUCAGCCGUCUGCAAUGAGUUUAGUUUUCAAAACAAGACUCUGCUUGCCGCUUGUAGGCUGCACUCGCAUCUAAACGAAAACUUAAGGCAGACUUGAAACCUGGUGAUUCGGAAGACUGUGCCUAUAUUAGUGUUUCGUGUGAUUUUGAUUUUUCUCUGAUAUUUUCUGCCUUUUCGGUAAAACGUGACGAAAAAAUGGACACCCUUCGCGAGCAGGUGAUGAUCAAUCAGUUUGUGCUGGCUGCAGGUUGUGCCAGGGAGCAAGCGAAACAGUUGCUACAAGCGGCUCAUUGGCAAUUCGAAACUGCUCUUAGUAUUUUCUUUCAAGAAGCUGCGAUACCUCCCUGUGCACAAGGACCUGGUACACAUUUUGGUCAAAUCACUCCAUGCAAUACACCGGCUACACCACCAAAUUUCCCCGAUGCACUUUUAGCGUUUUCCAAAAUGUCCGCGGGCGACAAAACUCCUUCGGGAAUGUCGCCAAGUCAAAAUGGAUUGCAUCAGAAUUCGAUGCAGAUCGGGAUGGCGCCACAACACCAUGGAGGACGGUGUAGCGUGACAGGGAAUGCGCAACAGCAAGCGCAGAGUCAACAAUUGGGCCUAGGCGAACCGCAGAGAUAAAAGAAACUCGUGACUUCGGCGGCCCCGUGUGUUAAGAUAUCCCGUGGCCGCGCGAUGUGCAUGUAAACGGUGUUUAAAAACAGGAAGCAUGGUUUAUAAAAGAUCGACUGGCUCCCCAGGAUUAUACGCUGUGUAACCGCAAGAGCGAUUAUUAGCCGAGAUUCACACGCUCGUAUCUCCUCCUCCGUAUCCCUAGAGAAAAAGGACGCAAGAUUUUUCUGGAAAAAAAAAUAAUAAUAAAAUAAUAAUAAAAAAAAAAAAAAACGUUGCGAGUGCACGGAGGAAAAUUCGAAUAAUAUUAAUAUUAUUUAGACGUGCACCUAGAAGAAACGAGAGAUCUCUCCGUAGAGAAUGGGAGAUCCUCCAUCUUUCAACUAUAAUAUAUAAAUAAAACGCGGUAUAAUACGAAUUUCUAGAAGUAGAGUAAAAAAAAAAAAAAAAAAAACGGAUCCUCUGUUGUUUAUUCUUGUUAUAUUCUUUGAUAUUGUGUUGUAAUAUUUGAAAAAACGCAAGACGAUCGAGCCUGUUGAAAAAAGGGGAAAAAAAAAGCUCUUGUCUUCUCUUCCAUUCGAUUAUUCUGAGUGAUAACACACGUAAAAAAAGAGAAAAAAGAAAAAAAAAAA